AUGGCCGUUUCCAUCCAGGACCGUACCGAAGAAUUUCGCUCCAUUCUUGCACAGGCCCAGCGGCGACAGGCGCAGUCCAAGACGGGCGCGCAGAGGCAGUCGCUUUUGACGGCACAAGAAAAAGCCCAGGCAAAUGCCAGUCCGCGACGUCAGCGUUCCGAGUUUGCGCGCAAUGCCGCAGAGGUUGCGCGCGGUGUCGCAAGCACAAUGCAAAAAUUGGAGCGACUAUCACAACUAGCUAAGCGCAAGACGCUCUUCGAUGACCGCCCGGUCGAGUUUGACGAACUCACCUUUGUUAUCAAGCAAGACAUGUCUGCGCUCUCCGGGCAAGUGCAGGCGCUACAGCAGAUGAACGCAAAACUACACCCCAAGGCGAAGCCCGGCCUAGACCAAGAGGGCGAGCACAACAGUAAUGUCGUCAUGUUGUUGAAGGACAAGCUGCAGAAUGUGGGCACAAACUUCAAGGAUGUGCUCGAAGUGCGGACCAAGAACAUGCAAGCGUCCCGUUCACGGACCGAACAGUUCCUUUCCUCGGCUGCGCAGCAGUCCCACAGCAGCCUCGAGCCGGGCAGGACAGAUUCGCCACUUUAUCAGACACCCCAGCGAGGACGAUCACCAGGAGGAUUUGGUAGAAACACCAACGCAGUGCAACAAGACUUGCUUUCUCUUGAGCCAUCUGGAUCGUCUGCCCUUACGCGAGGAGGAGCGCAAUCAGACGCGCAGCUACUGCUCAUGGAAGAGGCACAGCCACAGAACAUGUACAUUCAAGAGCGAGGGCGAGCCAUUGAGUCGAUUGAGUCGACGAUCCAGGAACUCGGUGGCAUCUUCAGCCAGCUUGCACAGAUGGUGUCUGAGCAGGGAGAGCAGAUUCAGCGAAUUGAUGCCAACACCGAGGAUGUUGUAGACAAUGUCGAGGGUGCGCAGCGAGAGCUGAUGAAGUACUGGAGCCGGGUGCAGGGCAACCGAUGGCUCGUGGCAAAGAUGUUUGGCGUGCUAAUGAUCUUUUUCCUUCUUUGGGUACUCAUUUCUGGUUAA